CCUAACUACCUUUGACUAUGAGAUCUCCCCUUUCUCUCGCCAUGUCGGUCCCCGCACGCGCCGCAGCAUGAAUUCGUCUCGCCCUUUCACCCGCGGCGCAAACAAACUCUUCCGCCCUGCCUUCGAGUACCUAAAUAACGUUUCCCGCGCUCCGCAACAGUCGUCUCGUACCGACAAGAAAAUAGAGGGUCGUCGCAAGAAUUCGGCCAGCUCCCUCGAUGAUACAGACCAUUCGGAUAUAGAACAAUACGCCGCCAUGGGGUCGUCCCGCACUAGCCAUUCGUCGAAGAAUUCGCGCGACAACGAGUUACAGCCUGGCUUCCCCCUGAUCGAUCUUAGCAGGAGCCCCUCGCCAUACCCGAGGAGUCGCAGUGCAGCGCAGAGCGAGGAUGAAGACGAAGAUUUCGAGCCUGCGAGCUCAAUUCGACCGCUCGUAAGUAGCCAUGCCGGGCGGGGCGUCUGGAGGCAGGGUGGUCUCGGCGGCUUCUUCUUCGGGACGUGGAUGGGGUGGCAGGUGUGGGUGGGGUUGCUGGUGUUCUGGGUCGGUGGGUGUUCGUUUGGGUUGUUGUUGAUGAACAGAUUCAUUCUGUUGACGGGCGUGUAUAAAUUCCCAUACCCGCUCGCCGGAACCUACGUCCAACUCAUCCUAACCCACAUCCUUCUCAUUGGCUUCUCCGGUCUCACGAGAGCACUCGGCGGCCCCCUCCGGAGAAUUGGAUUUGGCGCUGCUGUUGCUCCUGCGUAUCCUACUGCACCAGCUGGAGGCGCCUUUAGGGGAUCCAACAAGCAGCCGUCUAUACUGCAAUUCGGGCGGUGGCUUGCCAACGGCACAGGAGGUAUUGCAGGCGGAGGCCUAUUUGAGUUCGACAAGCAAGUGGCUAAGCAAGUGUUCCCACUAGCAGUCAUUUUCGUGGUCAAGGUGCUUCUUAGCAACUUCUCUUUCGCUUAUGCACCUCUACCGGUCUACCAGCUCGCGCGCAUUGGCGUGACUCCCAUGGCCCUGAUCUUCUCCUGCAUUUUACAAAAAGAGAACCACAGCAGCUCGACUCUCUCCUCCGCUCUCAUCGCCACCCUUAACCUCCUCUUCGCUACAAUCCGCUUCAACGUCCGCGUAACCUGGGAAUCCAUCGUCGCCGGUGUCUUCUCAUCAUUCUUCGUCGCUCUCUACCCCAUCCUCUUGCUCCGCACCUACCGCACCCUUGUAGCGGGGCUCAUUCCUCAGGGCGACGUCCUGACAGGCUACCCCUCCACAGCCGAUGACUCGCUCUCUAACCGCGAAGAAACCCGCGCCUACUACCGCACCCUACACUACACCUCCCUCCUCUCCCUCAUAAUCCUCACGCCCAUUGUCCUCAUCAGCGGCGAUGUCGGUAACAUCUUCCGCAACAUCCCUUUCCUUGAUGUACCAUUCUUCUGGCUGAUGAUCUGGUGCGGUGCCAUCGGGUCGUUCUCCGUCUUCGCAUCCACGCUUCUGCUCAUCAAAGCCACAUCUCCGCUUACGACGACUUUCAUCGCUGUCCCGCGCGGCGCGUUUCAGCUCGUUAUGUUGAGUCUAUUUAAAAUGCCCGCGCAUAGUUGGAUCGGGGUCGUGUUGUGCUGGGUUAGUAGUCUGUGGUUCUUGGUGGCCAGGAGGGAUGAGGGGAGGAAUCUAGACCGGUUGAGGCUAGAGGGACGGUAGAGGUCUCCCCUCAGACCUCGUUAUGAGUGCAUUGGAGUGCAACUUUCCAUCACUCGUAUAAUUCUUUACUCGUGCUUGUCUUUCUCAUAUGUGCGUUUUCUCGGGAAAGGUUUACUUAACAGAUUUUACAUAGAAAUUGGAUCGAUCAACCCCUGUGGUCAAAAAGGGGUGAAUAGAAGAGUGAUCUGCCGUAAGGAGGAUCAACCGGCUCGGCCUUCAGGGAGUGGAUGUUCCGAUGGAGAUGGCAUCCUGGCCCUCACCAGAACAGGGCGCCAAAUCUUUUGGAGUUGAAUCAGUAGCUUUCAUAGCUCCAAAGUUUCUUCUACGCAUAUUGAAGUCGCUAUAGGGCCCAAAGAACAUUAUCGCAAAACCUCAUGACUUCAAAUGUAU